AUGUCCUCUCGGAAUAUUCUUCCCAAUUCCCAAAAACACCCCCAUCAUAGCCACGAUGACUCCAUGGUGACGGAUACUCAUUCCAUCGACGGGUCCACUACCUCCGAGGAUUCGAUCGAGAUAGAAGAGCUGGCCCACAGUCUGUCGGUGCAUACUUCUCGACUGUCGCAGCCGUCGUUAGCCAGGAAGAUCACCUCUAUUGCGACCAAUGCAACAUCGGAUCCGAAUUACGAGGUAGACUUCCAGGACGAGUCGGACCAGAUGAACCCCAAGAACUGGUCGCUGAAGGCCAAGUCAUUGUGCAUCGCGGUGCUAUCAUAUAAUACACUGAUUGUGGUCCUCUACUCCACAUCGUACACCUCGGGGGUCACCGACAUUGCUGCCGAAUUCAACUCCUCCAAUACCAUCGUGACCCUGGGGCUGACCUUUUACCUGAUCGGCCUGGCCAUAGGAUCCAUGCUCACGGCCCCGCUGAGCGAGGUGUACGGUAGAAAACCGGUGUCAGUGACCUGUCUGUUCAUCUUCACGGUGUUGAUAAUUCCCUGCGCGCUGGCCAAAUCCGUCGUGACGCUUGUCGUAGUCCGAUUUUUUGGCGCCUUGUUUGGCAGCGUCAUGAUAUCCACCGCCCCCGGCAUGGUCUCAGAUCUGGUGAACGACGAGCAGCGCGCUCUGGCUAUGUCGAUUUGGAGCAUCGGCCCCGUGAACGGUCCAGUUCUUGGUCCCAUCGUCGGAGGUUUUGUCACACAGUAUCUGGGCUGGCGGUGGAUGGACUGGAUCGCAUUGAUCCUGUCAGGAGUGGCGUUGGUCUUUUCCUGUAUCAUGAAGGAAACCUAUGGGCCUUUAAUCCUGCAGAAGAAAGCAGCAUGUCUGCGCAAAGAAACCGGCGAAUCUCGCUGGUGGUCUCGAUAUGACCAAAAGACCAGCCUAGCGGAAAUGUUAAAGGUGAACCUGGGACGACCUUUUGUCAUGGCCGUCUCCGAACCCAUCUGCAUAUUCUGGAACAUCUACAUCGCCAUCGUCUACGGUAUUCUCUACCUGUGCUUCACAGCCUAUCCCAUCGUCUUCCGCAACAUUCGGGGCUGGUCCCUGGGCCUCUCUGGCCUGGCUUUCUCGGGCAUCGGCAUCGGUUGCCUCAUCACCAUCGCCUGUGAACCGCUGAUCCGCCGCAUGAUCAACAGCCACCAUAUCGAUCCCGAGACCGGCAAAGUACCGCCGGAAGCCAUGGUCUCGAUCGUCUGCAUUUCAGCCAUGCUUAUCCCUGCCGGCGAACUGUGGUUUGCCUGGACCUGUGCCCCGGCCUCCAUUCACUGGGUGGUGCCAAUCCUGGCGGGUGUUCCUUUUGGCGCAGGAAACACUGGCGUCUUCAUCUAUGCGUCCAAUUAUAUCACCCACAGCUACGGCGUGUACGCGGCGUCCGCCAUGGCGGGUAAUUCCGUCAUCCGGAGUGUGCUGGGGGGUGUCCUGCCACUCGUUGGCACAUAUUUGUACUCGGGGAUCGGACCGAACUGGUCUGGCACGCUGCUGGGGUUAUUGGAAGUCAUCAUUAUCCCUAUCCCGUUCGUAUUCUACAAGUACGGGUACAAGAUCCGAGAGAAGAGCACGUUGAUCUCCCGCAUGCAGGAGGAUAAGAGGCGGCUGGAGGGGAAGCGAAAACGACUAUUGCAGAGGUUGGAGGCGGCCGCCGCCAACGCUGAGGCAGCCGAGAAGGAGAAGAUGGAUGUCUGA